AUGGCGGAAGCCCGUUCUGAACCACCUGUUGGAAGGAGUAAUUCCAAUCCCAAAGAGAAUCUGUGCCUGUGUCCGGCCAGCCCAAAGAUACCAAGACCGCGAAAUUCCUUCAUAUUAUUCCGCCAACAUCAACAGUCCAGUAUCAUUGCCCAGAACCCAGGAAUUCCGAAUCCGGAAGUAUCAAAGAUUAUUGGCGAACAAUGGCGUGGUCUGUCCGCUGAGGCCAAAGAGGAAUGGAACCUGCUUGCGGAAGAAGAGAAAGCCCGGCAUCAACAACAGUACCCAGGUUAUCGCUAUCAUCCACGACGCAACGGCCGGGUCAGCAACCAUUCGUCUGUGUCUGGUCCCUCGUCCGCCGAACCCCAAGAGCCUUGCGCAAAGUGUGGCGGGAAGCCAAUAAAUUAUUACAACAACCCAACGCCAGUUUAUAUACCACCAGCCUCCACCGCGCAGCAAACCAUGGCUGUUAAUGUCCCUGCGAAGCGCGGCUACGUCGUCAGUGCUGGACCACCAGGUCAGCGGAUCUCGCCGGAGCAUGCCGGCUUCCAGAGAGUCGAUCCCCGAUUGGUAUACACCAUUCCGCCUGCGGGCCAAACCCUACCUACUCCUCCAUCCGCCGAAUCCCAAGAUGCCAAGAGACGUCGCUUGGGCAAUGGUGUCUACGUCCCUGCCCGAGAAGUCUACCCUGAAGCGACGUACUCAUAUCUCCAUUCCCCUACAAGCAAUGGUGCAUAUGUCCGUCAGGAGGUCCUGCAUCCGUCACAUAUCCAGCAUGUCCAGGUUGCCAAACCACAGAUGGUAUCCCCCCCUCGAGCGUAUCCUCGGCCUCCAGCACUCCAACCUAUCCGUCCACCGCAUCCACAUCAGAGAAACCGGUCGAGCGUGGCUUUGCCUCCUAUUGAAACGUUGGUAUCGCAGACGCCUACUAAAGCAUCCAUGGCACAGGUCCAAAGCUCGGGAGUUGAGGCCAUGAUCAUGUCUAUACCAGUGCUGAACAAGAUCAAAGUCCUGUCUCAGCUGUCUGGGCCGCUGCCGCCUCCUGGUAUCACUUCUCCGAAGCCCGAGGUGCGCGGAGCUAUCAUUGCUGUGGACGGCCUGGAUGCAACCAGCGUCAACAGCAUGACCAAUUCCUUGACUGAACAGUUGGAAAAGGAGGGCAAGUUCGCAGUCAAGAUUUUCGAUGGUCCAGACCCUUAUACUCUCCUUCAUGAGGCCAGGACGGGCGUUGAAGGACAGAAGAGGGGGACCGACGCAUAUCUGAAACUUAUGACACGGUGGCACGAAGUGAACCAAGAGAUAGUCGAGUAUAUCACUUCGAGAGCAGGCCGUGGACCGGUCACCACGGUCAACAACACCCGUACCAACCGUCGUAUGAGUGGAGUCGAAGAGCACCAUCGACCUUCAGAAUCACCAGACAUGCUCAUGCGAAGUGAUGCACCACGACAGUCAGACCCGAGCAGAGACACCGAGGCAGACAACCUCGACUCAGCUGUUUCUCCAAAGACACCCUUCGUCAGAGCUGCAGACCCUUCCGCCAUGUCACCUCCCUCCAACUCGACGUCGUACAAGGGCAGAAGUCUAAGCACUCCAGGGUUUUGGACAAGCAACGAGCCCACUUCCUCCGGCCUUGAUACUCGUCCACCAGCUUCCUCAUAUGCGCGACCUCCGAACUCGAAACGCAUUCCUCCUCCUCCACCCACACCGCCGCCGGCUUCGACCUUGCCUUCUGAAGCCUCGACGUCGAAACCACUGUCGCAUACCUCAUUUGGGAUGGCUGCGCCCGUCGGUAUAACCACCGGCAACUUACCUUCGCCACAUCCCGCCGCAUCCAACACCAUCAACAGCCCAGCUAGCACGGCCAUCCCCAUAGCCAUUGUGCCACACUUUCAACUCACGACUGUGGACGCCAGCUCAAUCAGCAUGCCCAUCCACGACAGUUUCUCCCCACCAGCUCAUUGGCAAUGGUUCGCCACCAUGUGGAGAGGUAGUGUUGGACCAGACAUAACUAUUGUCAUUCGUGGUGUAGAUGAAGAGCCAGCUGAGGGUUCAGAUGUCAGUAAACCGGCCUCUCUUCCAGGUAUUUCCGGUGUCGCGAAUGCAGCCACUCCCAAUGCGAGAGAACGAGUUCCCAGCGUGGCAUCAAGUCAAUCACAUAGUGGCGGGACGGGAGUGGAGAUUCGGUUGCAUGAUUCGAGAACGGUCAUUGUCAAGACGGGGAUUGUGGGUUCAGCCAUUUCGACGCCUGGGCGGGUCGGCAGUGAGGAGAAAUCGCAAAGCAAGGAAACGACACCAGCCCAGCAGGCCAAGGAGGUGGAAAACUGGCAGAAGGCGAAGAGACGGGUCGGGUUUGAGGUCGAGGAGUUCUUGAGACGAUAG